AUGGCCAUGUCCGCCGCUACAGAGUCGUCGGCGUCACAGGUCCGGGUCCGUCUCCGCAGCAGCGACGGCAAGUACCCUCUACCGGAUAGCGGCGCCAUACUCGUACCUCUAUCAUUCCGGCGGAUAGCGCUGUCAAGUCUGGUCAACGGUCUCCUCGAGCACGAGAGGCCUGUGCCGUUUGACUUCGUCAUCAACGGCUCAUACCUACGAACGAGUCUCGAGCAGUUCCUCUCGGAGCAAGGCAUAUCCUCAGAAACGAUCGUCGACGCCGAAUUUGCGCCAGCACAGAAAGUACCACAAUAUGUCACAUCAUUUCAGCACGACGAUUGGGUUAGCGCCGUAGACGUCAUGCCCUCGAGUCAGAGGAAAACAAACCAGCCACGCAUACUAUCCGGCUGCUAUGACGGCCUAUUGCGUGUCUGGGACACAUCUUCAAAUGUGCUAGCAGUGUCCCCUGGCGGCGAAGGAGGAGGUCAUUCAAUGUUCAUCAAAGACGCCCGUUGGGUCUCACCCACCGAAGCUGUGUCCGUAGGGUUCAAUCGUGUUGCCAGAAUAUGGAAAUACCAAGAGUCGGACGAUGGGUUGAGCGCAGUGUUGAAGCCAAGCAUCCACUUAUACGGUCACAAAGAAUCCAUCAAUGCAGUCGCAGUAAGCCGGCGCAAGGACGGGGACCGCUUGUUGACUGGAUCUCUCGACUGCAACAUCGGCCUGUGGUCCACAAGCAAGUCAGGGAGUCCUCCAGCCCCGCCAGAAUCAUUACCGCAGCCGUCAGCGAACAAGAAACGGAAGCUCAACCCAUCGGUUACACAACGUGGUCCACUGUCCAUGCUCGAGGGCCAUUCGGAACAAGUGACCGGCGUGACCUUUGAUUCUCAGAAUCCCGAUGUCGCAUAUUCCGUCUCGUGGGACGAGACGAUGCGCACAUGGCAUCUGCCGUCUUCAUCGGUAGUGGACACCAGAAAAACGGACCAAGCACUGCUGUCGAUACAUCAAUUGCCGGAGAUGAAUCUCAUCGCAACAGGAACAGCAGGAGUGGAUAUCAAGUUGAUCGACCCACGCGUAUCGGCCUCGGCUGUUACGGCCAUGGUUCUGAAAGGGCAUAAGAACGUCGUGGUUUGUCUUGCAAGCGAUCCGAACAAUGGAUACAACCUCGCCUCGGGUAGUCACGACGGAACAGUCCGACUCUUUGAUUUGCGGAACAGGAAACAGAGCAAAGAUAGCUUCACCUCGCAAAGCGUGUAUACGAUCCAGCGGCAGAGUCUUGGAAGCGGCAAGGUUGCUCCUCCGGUUGGCUCGGGCUGCCAAGUGUAUGGGCUUUGCUGGGACAACGAGUUGGGGCUCUUAAGUGCUGGACAAGACAAGGCUAUCGAUGUGUAUAACAGUCAGUAG